UUAAAAAUUACAUACAAAUGGAGUUUCUAAUCUAAUAUCUUCUACUUUGGAGUGCAUGUACCUUUCUAUUUAUAACACCAAUAACAUCUCCAAGUUCUUCACUCACCAAAUCACAAACAAAACCCCUGAGAAGAUGAUCUCUCUCAUCUUCUUGUUCUUCCUCUCACUCUCUUUCACAUCCGAUGGACAACUCUACGACGAAAGCAAGAACUACGAAGGCUCCUCCGAUCUUGUAAACCUUGAAUACCACAUGGGUCCGGUCAUAUCCUCGCCUGAGACUAGUCUUUACAUCAUAUGGUACGGUCGAUGGAACCCAACUCACCAGUCUACAAUCAGAGACUUCAUCUACUCCGUCUCUUCACCGGCACGGUAUCCUUCAGUAUUCGACUGGUGGAAGACGGUGAGGCUUUACAGAGACCAAACAGGUUCCAACAUCACCAGAACACUUGUCUUGUCCGGAGAGUUCCACGACUCAACCUACUCUCAUGGAUCUCAACUCAGUCGCUUCUCUGUCCAGUCCAUCAUCAGAACUGCCGUCGCCAACAAGCUACCACUAAACUCUCUCAACGGCUUGUACAUGGUCCUGACCUCAGACGAUGUAGAGAUGCAAGAGUUCUGCAGAGCCAUCUGCGGGUUCCAUUACUUCACUUUCUCAACCAUCGUUGGUGCAACGGUGCCGUACGUGUGGGUCGGGAACAGUAGGAAACAGUGUCCGGAGAUGUGCGCGUACCCUUUUGCGCAGCCUAAACCGUUUCCAGGAAGCGGGUUUGUGAGCAGAGAGAAGAUGAAACCACCAAAUGGAGAGGUGGGAAUCGAUGGGAUGAUCAGUGUGAUAGCUCAUGAGCUGGCGGAAGUGUCGAGUAACCCUAUGUUGAACGGAUGGUACGGAGGAGAAGAUGCAAUGGCGCCGACCGAGAUAGCGGAUUUGUGUUUGGGAGUGUAUGGAUCAGGAGGUGGAGGUGGGUAUAUGGGGAUUGUGUACAAGGAUAGGUGGAGAAGUGUGUAUAAUGUGAAUGGAGUUGGAAGAAGAAAAUAUUUGAUUCAAUGGGUUUGGGAUCUUACUAGAAACAGAUGCUUUGGACCAAACGCUAUGAACUAGAUACAUUAAUGUUUGUUACUUCUGUCUCUCUCCAUAGAAGCCUUGAGGUUGAGAGCUUGAGGAGACAUGUAUAUUGGUUUAUCUUUGCUAUAUGAAAUAAAAAUA